AUGGGCGAUCAAUCAACUAGAUCGAUGCCUUCCAGCGACUAUCCAAAUUCCUCGCAAGGUGCAAGAUCAAAAACCCCGCAAGUUUCACUCACUACGCUAUCCUCCGACGUGGAAGCAUCGAGGAAUCAGCAAGGACUCCAGCAAUCAAACUUCCCGCAGAAUAUGUACCCAUACGCACAGUCUUACUCAACACAGCACCAUGCCUCGGAAGGCAGAUCGGAUUCUUUCAACCUGGCAAGCCUUGGAGGAUCACUACCAGACAAUUCAUACCCGCCCCCCAAUAGCCACUCCCCAAGACAAUCCUCAGGUCAGUCGCCAUCACCAUUUGUCUAUCAGAUGCAAGGCAUGCCUCAAUAUACUGGACCUCAAGCAAUCAAUCCGCAGCUAGCAAAUGCAUCUUAUAAUCUUCCAUACCAAAACCAAUUCAUAGGGAUGUAUACACCAAACCAAGUGCAAUCAGCACAUCAUCACCAAUCCGGAAUUCCAGGCAGUCAAUUAAUUCAAGGGCAGGCGUAUAUGGGACAGCCGCAACAUGCAGGAUCGCCUUAUUAUGUCCAACCCAAUUCUUAUGGACCCCAAGGCCAGAUGUAUUCUGGAGAGUCGCCCGUUGCACAAUAUGGGAUACGAAGUGGGUUCCCAGGGGACAAUCGGCAUUUACAGCGCAACAACGAAUAUCCAGGAACUGGGUAUAGCAGCGGAUCGCAAGGGAGACCAGGUAGUGUGGCUUCCAACACGGGCCAGUCCUCUGUUGUUCGAGGUCCCCCAAGGAAACCUCGUCAGAGUGGACAUGCAAUCUGGAUCGGAAACCUACCUCCGCAAACGGACUUAAUGAACCUGGUAUUUCAUGUUUGCAAAGAGGCGCCUGACCUUGAGUCUUUAUUUUUGAUAUCGAAGAGCAACUGUGCUUUCGCAAACUACAAGGACGAAGCAGCUUGCGCGGCGGCACAAGCAAAAAUUCACGAUUCGCGAUUCCAAACGGUGAGAUUGGUCAGCAGAUUACGAAGAAGUUCCGUGGGAACAGCAGCUGGACUAGCUGCUCCCACAGGCCCUGCCGCUUUGACACCUCCUUCCAAUCCCCCAGUGGUACGCACGCCUUCUCCGGAGGACAAAGACAAGUCGCAAGUAGGCGACAUACCCGAAGAGCACCCGAGUAAUGAAGACGGCUCAACCUCUAAAGAUAAGUUCUUUAUCGUGAAGAGUCUCACCGUUGAGGAUCUUGAAUUGAGCGUGCGCAAUGGGAUUUGGGCGACGCAGUCACAUAACGAAGAAGCGUUGAACAUGGCUUAUAAAGCUACCGACAAUGUUUAUUUAGUCUUCUCUGCGAACAAAUCUGGAGAGUAUUUCGGAUACGCCCGAAUGACGUCUCCCAUCAACGACGACCCAUCAGCUGCCAUUGAGUUUGCACCCAAGGCACAAUCGGUAGAAGACCCAAAGCUCCCUAAAGCAAUUCCUACGCCUGCGACGGAAUACUCGCCUAAAGGUCGGAUCAUCGACGACUCAGCUCGUGGCACGAUAUUCUGGGAAGUGGAGCGAGAUGAAGUGGAUGGAGAGGAGGAGGAAGAUAUUCAGAGCAAUCGGAGCGAUGAAGAUACGCCUCAGUCCAAAGCCUGGGGAAAACCAUUCAAAAUCGAGUGGAUAUCGACGACGCGACUUCCUUUUUACCGAACACGGGGACUACGAAAUCCUUGGAACUCGAACCGAGAAGUCAAAAUUGCGCGAGAUGGUACAGAACUGGAGACUUCUAUUGGAAGAAGAUUACUCGGAUUGUUUCAUCGAGUUCCUAGCCCUGUUGCACCCAAUACCCAAGGUCCCCCUCUGCAGAUAGUGGCCGGAUAUCCACAAAUGCGACCCUUUCCUUAG